AUGGCAGUUCCUGGUAUGUCUGGUAAUAAGUCCACAUAUACGUCUAUGGCAGUUCGUGGUAUGUCUGGUAAUAAGCACACAUAUAUGUCUAUGGCAGUUCGUGGUAUGUCUGGUAAUAAGUCCACAUAUACGUCUAUGGCAGUUCGUGGUAUGUCUGGUAAUAAGCACACAUAUACGUCUAUGGCAGUUCGUGGUAUGUCUCGUAAUAAGCCCACAUAUAUGUCUAUGGCAGUUCGUGAUAUGUCUGGUAAUAAGCCCACAUAUACGUCUAUGGCAGUUCGUGGUAUGUCUGGUAAUAAGCCCACAUAUACGUCUAUGGCAGUUCGUGGUAUGUCUGGUAAUAAGCCCACAUAUACGUCUAUGGCAGUUCGUGGUAUGUCUGGUAAUAAGCACACAUAUAUGUCUAUGGCAGUUCCUGGUAUGUCUGGUAAUAAGCACACAUAUAUGUCUAUGGCAGUUCCUGGUAUGUCUGGUAAUAAGCCCACAUAUACGUCUAUGGCAGUUCGUGGUAUGUCUGGUAAUAAGCCCACAUAUACGUCUAUGGCAGUUCCUGGUAUGUCUGGUAAUAAGCCCACAUAUACGUCUAUGGCAGUUCGUGAUAUGUCUGGUAAUAAGCCCACAUAUAUGUCUAUGGCAGUUCGUGGUAUGUCUGGUAAUAAGCCCACAUAUACGUCUAUGGCAGUUCCUGGUAUGUCUGGUAAUAAGCCCACAUAUACGUCUAUGGCAGUUCGUGGUAUGUCUGGUAAUAAGCCCACAUAUACGUCUAUGGCAGUUCCUGGUAUGUCUGGUAAUAAGCCCACAUAUACGUCUAUGGCAGUUCCUGGUAUGUCUGGUAAUAAGCCCACAUAUACGUCUAUGGCAGUUCCUGGUAUGUCUGGUAAUAAGCCCACAUAUACGUCUAUGGCAGUUCCUGGUAUGUCUGGUAAUAAGCCCACAUAUACGUCUAUGGCAGUUCCUGGUAUGUCUGGUAAUAAGCCCACAUAUACGUCUAUGGCAGUUCCAUAA